UCAUUCCUGAUUGUACUCGCUUACAUUUGAAUCAAAGAAAGAUGCAACAAGCAAAAUCACGUAGCCGAAAAUGUACUCAUAUGCAAAUCUUAAAAUGAGACGACGCAUCAACUUCUGAUUUUUGAUGUCCGGGCAGGCUAACUUCUGACUAUUAUCAUUCUCGAUCUCUGUAAAUAUCGACUAUCUGUCGACAUGUCGUCAAUAAUUUCGAGUUGACUUGUUUCCCUGUGUUUCAGACUUUUAUCGUUCUAAACUUGUAGAUGAGCUGUAGGUAGUGUAGAGAGCAGUAAAGUGUGCCCCGCCAAUUCUUGACUUGGAGUUUUCGAGCUUUUCGUCUGCAAUUUGGACGAAGUAUCCGUCAGCGUUUUCUGGUGUCUCGAGACGGAUUGAAUCUUCAGAUGUUCGAAGCGUUCGAUCUGGUAGCCUGUCAUGCAGGGCCCUUCUCGCUUACAACUCACUCAUUACUACAUAAAGAAUGCACUAUGUCCACAUACUUGUAGCUGAACAGGGAAACCAUUUCGGGUAACAAGAACGCUAAACUUUAAUCUUGUCCCGUGAUGAAAACGAUAUUGGACAUUAUCUAAGAACUAGUGCCACCCAUCCCAGUUACAUUAUGUCAUUGUCCCUGUGUUUCAUUUCAUAUCUACACCGAGCUCCGUCACGCGUGCAAAUAUGCAGCUGUCGAACACGGUGAAUUACUUCGAAAGAUUCUAGGGAUAAUUGGAGAUGAUUCUGUUCGGGGCGGCCUUUGAGUUUGAUGUCUUUCCGGCCAGAAGGCUCAUUGUUUUUGUAAUUUGAUAACUCUGCCAAUGCGAGAGAGAUAAUGAAUCAAGAGGUGACAAGAAAAUGGCUCGGACGUCAGGUGACAAGACGCUGCAAAUUGAGGAAGCGGUCCAAAACAGUCGUAGUGUUGAUCCAGGAAGUCUAUCUGCGUGAUGAUAUUCCAUGUGGUAGUUCGGUAUGCCAGCUCUGUUCUCAAAAUUCAGCAACGCUACCAGCUCAUCCGUCCCAUUACCUGAUCUUGGAUGCAGAAGCUCUAAUUCAUUACUUGGAAGUAUGGGAGCUACCUCAAAUUACUGGUGUCAUCUACCUUUCUUCGGUUGUCAAGGAGGUCGUCAACCGACUGAGUCAGCACAAUUAUCGAAAAUUCAGAUCUCUCUUCACGGACAGAAGACGACAGAGUAUAUUAUUUGAUGAUGAACAUUUUAUCUACACAUGGAGUUUGAAUAGAGACAGAAACCAGGCGGCAGGCGCUAUCCACUCGGGUAAAAGAGUAGAAGCCGUGGCUGGCUGGUUUUACGAGCAUCUGGAAGGAUCUGUCCAAAUUGUUGCCAUACAAACAUCAGGCGAAAGUGACUCUUCAGCGGUCGACGAGACUUUCCUACAAACUCAUCUCAGCCGUCUAUCUAUCUCAGACGGCAAAAGCAAAACUUUAGAGGUUCUGAAUGUCGAAAACUAUAUUAAAGGGUACUGGAAUCAUGAUUCAUCCGUUUCAGAGCUCUUUGCCUCACUGGUCCAGUCACGUGCCGAAGUCACGGAAGCACAGAAAUUACAAAAUGAUUCUCGCCAGAGUGAUGUUUCUGGGAGAAGAGGAAGCAAAGGAACAUCCGCUUACUUCAAAGAGCAUCUACCAGUGCAUUCACUAGAAGCAGAUAUUGCAAGUGGAUCCCUUCGCGUUGGUAUAUUCCAUGUUGACAGACAUGAGCCACUUGAAGGGUUCAUUCAUCCUAGCAACAAGGGUGAAGCUUCAAAGCUGGAAAUAUUCGUACCAGGAAGAUUGCUGCAAAACAGGGCUUUGCCUGGGGAUACCGUUGCGGUCCGAAUGCUGGAGAGCAAAUAUUGGCAGGCGUCCAGGCAGAACUCUCAGCGGGGAAAGAAGGCUGGAACUAAAACCACUACCGAAGAGGACCUGAAAUUACCUUACCUGACCGAUGAGGUGGACGACCUUCCUGAUACGAUAAAUUCUGGUAUUAAACAGGUGGAUGAUGUACAGGAGAAAGCUGUGCAAGAGGUAAUGCCAACCGGUGAAGUUGUUGGAAUCGUCCAAAGGUUUCAAAGGGAUUAUGUAGCUUGUUUGGCACAAGAAGACGAGGAGUAUAUAUCGCAUUCCAUCCCUGGCAGGCGGGAAUAUCUGCUAUGUGUCCCAAUGGACAGACGUAUUCCAAUGGUACGACUAAAUACACGGUUUGCAGAUAGGCUUCUAGGACAAAGAUUUGUAAUUAGAAUUGAUGGUUGGGAUCAAGAUUCAAGAGUACCGAAGGGUCAUUUUGUCCGACUAUUGGGCCCCCUAGGCGACCUCAACACAGAGACUAUGGCUUUACUGGUAGAAAAUGGAAUAAAUACUUCACCGUUCAGUUCAGCAUCGAAGCAAGAACUUCCUGAAGAUACUGAAAGCAAUCCCUGGUUAAUACCAGAUAAGGAAUUCGCGUAUCGCCGAGAUCUCCGAUAUACUCAUAGAACAUGCAGUAUUGAUCCACCAGGGAGUAAAGAUGUUGACGAUGCCCUAUCAGUGAGCCGUUUAUCAAGCGGCCUGUUAGAGAUCGGAGUCCAUAUUGCCGACGUGUCUUACUUUGUUCGACAAGAUAGCUUACUAGAUCUCGAAGCUCGUGCUAGAGGUACCACUGUGUACAUGGUGGGAAAGAGUUGGCAUAUGCUUCCUUCAAUACUGAGUGAGAAUCUGUGUUCUCUCAAAGGAGGCACGGACAGGCUGGCCGUUAGUGUUGUCUGGACAGUCGAUCCUGAGAACUUCUUCGAAAUUGUGGAUGUGUGGUUCGGAAGGACAAUUAUUCGGUCUAAACAUCAGAUGUUCUACGCUCAAGCCCAAGCAAUCGUUGAUCGUCAAACGCUGCCUUCUGGUUGGGAGAUCAGCGGUGGACAAGAUGAACUUGCUGCUGUUGAGUCUGAUCUGCUUGUUCUUGCAAGUUUCUCGCAGCUACGUCGAGAUUUGAGGAAGGCCCAUGGUGCCUUGGAGUUGGUCAGUUCCGAACUUCGCUUUGAGACUGCUGGCAACAAGGAACCAAUCAGCGUGGACACUAAGGAAGAACUUCCGAUGAACUGGAUAGUCGCAGAGCUGAUGAUCUUAGCCAAUUCAUAUGUUGCCAAGAAAAUAUAUGGGUCCUUUCCAUCCAAGGCUCUUCUUCGGCGCCACGCCCCUCCUCGACUGGACAACUUCACUCUACUACUUGAGUGCUGUGCAGCACGCGGAUUUACCUUAGAUACUUCAAGCAACAAGGCGCUGGCAAAUUCCCUCGAUCGCAUGCGUGACAGCAACGAUCCCCUUGUUGAGAGUGCUUUUCGCGCGUUGGCGACGAGGGCUAUGUCAGAGGCUGAAUAUUGCUCAACAGGAGAACAAUCUGAUGCAAGUGGAGUUUAUCACUACGGCCUAGCUUUGGAGUUUUACACCCAUUUUACGUCACCAAUUCGUCGUUAUGCGGACGUAAUAGUUCAUCGUAUGUUGCUGGCCGCUUGCGGGGAAGAUUCAGAUCUUGUAAAAGGGAAUGAUGUGAUAUCUGCGAAGACUAAUUUGACUUUGGAUCUACCAAGCCAAGAGUUGCAAGAGGUCGUUCAUCACCUCAAUGAGCGCCAUCGGAACAGCAAAAGAGCACAAAAGGAGUGUAAUGAGCUUUACCUACUGAUGUUUCUGCAAAAACACGCGAAAGCAGAACACGCUGUGGUUAUCAGCAUUUUCAGCAAAGGAAUGAUGGUGUUUGUUCCUAAGUACGACCUUAGAGUACCUGUUUAUCUACAAGACAAAAAAGGAAAUGUUAUUCUUCCAGCAGAGGACGAUUCUGAACUCGAUACAGAAGAGCUUUUUAGUCGGGCUGACAGUCAUAUUCUGGUGAAGGAACCGGGAGUUGUGAAAAUUAACGAUUCCAAGAUUGGAAAAACGAUACGUGAAUAUAGGCUUAUGGAUUCUGUUUGGGUACAGCUUCGAGCAGACGGAUCUCGAGCUCAUGCUCCUAAACUUCGAGUGCGACUCUUAAGUCCCACACAUCCUGAUGCUCGAGCUUCCAAGCUGCUGAGUAGUACCAGAAAUCAGAAGGGGAUUCCCUCACAGCUGUACACGUUAUCCGGGCAUUCCGUCCCAGACAAACGAGGACCCAGAAGAGCAGUCAAGAAGUCAACUGUCAAGGACAAGAAACAAGCCUUACAGGAUAUCGUAAAGAUGGUAGCGGUUGAAGAAGCCCUUCAAACUAAACCUAUUGUCUCAACGGAGUUGGAUUCUUUGAAAAGAAAAGGAGCUAUGAGUGUACAUGAUGUUGCUGAAGACUUCAAGCGGUUGAAAGUUGCGUCGAUCUAUCUGGACGUGGAGAGCAGUAGUUCUUUAGAGAUGUUCUUCUCAGAUGUCUCAUCAGCUCGAGAGCAAGGAGCAAAGGUCUUCAGCAACCUUACUUUGACCGAUGGUGAAAAUGUUGCGGAUUGGAUGCCACUUACAUCCCGUAUGGACGUUAGCGAGGGGAGUUUGCAACCAGAACCUUGGUUCAUGGAGCGUCUUAGGACAGUUAGGGAGCGAACAUUGGAUCGUGCUGCAAAGAUGCGAGCCACAAAUAUUUGGUCCACCUUGCCAAAUGACACCGAGAAACUUAAAAAUCGUGCAAAAAAAGAGAUGCACCAUCGUGGUAGGGCUCAUGUCUUCAGUAUAUGGCUUGAAUAACAAAUGUUGUGUUACUUGUUUAAUCCAAAUAAAUCUCACAACAAAUCAAACUGC